GGGCUUAUCCUGAUUCCCGGCCCAGUCAGACAUGAACGUCGACCAUCGGAGGGUAUCCUGACCGGUCGGAUAUGUUUGCCAGGUGCCACCAGUAUGGGGACAACUCUUAACCUGACGGUGACAACAGAAUUAGGAAAUGAGGCAACUAUCGCACCUGUCGACGUGGAAGAGGAAUACUCGGCCAAUAAGUAUCUAAGGAUAUCCAUAAACAAAGUUCAGGUCGUAUCUAGUUACCUUGGCCUAGUCGUACCGAUUCUUGUUUCAAUAUACUACUCAUGGGCGAACAAACAGAGGCAUAUAAUCAAUCAUAUCAGAAAACAAAUUUCAACAGUAGACUUUGAGCUUCUAUUCAGCACAAUAAAUGUAGGCGAUGUUCUUCAAGUAACCGUGAGUAACAAGUUGGUCCGUUCUCUCUUUUACCUCAGACAGGACCAGCAGCUGAAACCAUGCCCCGAAAAGAGUGUCAACUGCGAGGUGUUACAUGACCCUGGUGAAGAGGUCCGAGAGGCGGAUAUAAUUUUUAUACAUGGGAUUAAGGGGGCCCUUCACAAAACAUGGAAACAGGGGAUUUGGCAUCUCGGACAGCUUCAAGUUUUGAACAUGAAAGAGGAUACGACGUGGGAUGUCAAGACGGUGGAACUCGGGGAAGAACGGUCCGUAUGUUGGCCGAAGGAUUGGCUUCCCAAAGACUGCCCAACGGCUAGAGUCAUUGCACUCAAUUACACAACCGACCCCUACUUGUGGCGACCAUUCUUCUUCAGUAAACACAAUAGGACCAACAUGGAAGAAAGGGCGUGGGAGAUGAUCCACAAUCUCCUUGAGUUAGGGGUUGGGAAACAUUCCAUUAUAUGGGUAGGACAUUCCAAAGGAGGGCUGUAUGUUAAGCAGAUGCUAGUCAAUGCUUGUGAAAUGCCGGAUGAGAAAGUGACGCCACUAGCAAAAAAUACAAAAGCGAUAAUGUUUUACAGUGUGCCACACAGGGGUUCCCCUCUAGCAAGUUUUAAUCUUCCACUUUUCAGACAGUCUAUCGAAUUGACUGAAGUGCAAAAAAACUGCAAAGAAGUGCUCACCCUUCACACAAAAUUUCUGAAUCUGCUCAGCUCAAAGCAGCUAGAUGUCGAAAUUAAAAGUUUUAUUGAAACUCGUCUCACUUUGAUGGGGAUCCUCUACGUAAGAAUAGUGUCUGAAGAAUCAGCAGACGCUGAAAUGGGAGAAAUGUAUGGUGUUCCUUUGGACCAUCGGAACAUUUGCAAACCUAAAAACAGAGAGUGCUUUCUUUACAAGGAAUUGGUAAACAUGGUUCAAGACAAGUGUGCAAGCUUGUGAUUGUGAUAAUAGUAUAAUAAUUAAACAAAGUUUUAAUAUAUAAUUCUUCCCAUAUAGUCAUUUGUUAUUUAAAACAGUAAAGACCUUUUGACAAUCAAACAGUCUUUGAGUAUUUUGUAACAAGUUCUUUUAUUAAACAAAAAAGUAGCUAGUAUUAUAAAGCUUACAAAGUGAUAUUUUUGUAAUUAUAUUUUGUCUGUAAACUUAGAAUGGCAAAUAUUAAAUGUGGAAGUUUGUAACACCAUUACAGUACAAGCUGUUUUAUUAAUAAAUUCUAGCUUUAUCUUGACUACAAACUAGAAAUUAGAUUAUAAAAACGGUACUAAUUAGAUAAAGGGCUGAAAUUGUCGGUAGAUAUAUUUUCAUGUACACACUCCUUCAAGAGUAAGGAUAUUUUUAUGUGCCAAAAUGGAAGCAUUUGAAAUUUAGGGCCUAGAUUAUUUUUUUAUAAACAGUUUUUAGGACAGCACUUAUUUUCUUUACAAAUACUUCGUAUUGUACUUGAUAUCUUCUGGUAAACAAAGGAAAGCCUGCGGAAAGAAGAGAAAAAUACUUUUCAAAGAAUUCAUACCAGAUGACACAAUUUGUUUUAAGCACAGUGUUAAACAUGGCCAUGUUAAUGAUUUGAGAAAUAAAUUUAUAUCGUUACAAGUUUAUUUGCUUUGUUAUUGUUACCCGGCGCAAUAAAAGAUGUAAUGUGAUUAAAGCUGUGCUUAUUAAUAAUGAGACUACUACCCAAAAUGAUAAUGUCAUAAAAAAUAUAUUUUAUUACCUGCUGCUGGGUUUACAUAUGUCCACAUGACCCAAAGGUAACUUGUAAAUUACACCAGUGCCAGAAUCUGCGGAAAAAAUAUGGUAGAAAACAAUUGUGACAUAGUGCUUACAGUCGUAUAUAAAACAUUAUACGGUUAUGUACGAGUUAAUCCGUGUUUACAUGUGAUCAAUUUCAAGAAUAAAAAGGAUAUAUGAAAUUGA